AUUGUAACUUAAGCGGAUAAAAAAAACGUAGUAAUAGAUAGAUUCCAAAACAUCCUUUGCAAAUUUCAUUUCUCUGCAACAAACAGAAUGCGACUUGCAUUUAAAAUUCUGAAUUCAGCUUAGAAUCCAUUGAAUUCUUCUCAUCACAUAGACUAACAACCUUAGCAAGCCGAUUCGAAGAAAGUGAAUGAGUUUAGAUAUCAGGUAUGUGAUGUCACUCCUGUUGAGUUGAUUGAAGAAAGACAAGAGCUGCAAAAUGGGGACGCCUUUGUUCCAUGAAUUUAAAAGACAAGCUUCUUUCUUCCUCAAGGAAAAAUUCAACUCUGCUAGAUUAGCUCUCACCGAUGUUACCCCUGCACAACUGAUGACAGAAGAAGCUACAAAAGGAAAUCCAUGGGCCCCAGAUUCCCCAACACUUGGAUCAAUUUCAAGGGCUGCUUUUGAGCUUGAUGAUUAUUGGAGGAUUGUAGAGAUUCUACACAAAAGCAGACUCCUUAAAUUCGACAACAAGAAUUGGAGGGCCUCCUACAAUUCUCUGAUUGUGCUGGAGCACCUACUGACUCAUGGACCGGAAAGUGUUGCAGAGGAAUUUAAGAGCGACAAAGAUGUAAUCAGCCAAAUGAAAUGCUUUCAGCAUAUUGAUGGCAGUGGGUUCAACUGGGGUCUAACUGUUAGAAAGAAAUCAGAACGGAUAUUGAAACUGCUUGAAGAAGGAACUCUCCUCAGGGAAGAAAGAAACCGUGCUCGGAGGUUGUCCAGAGGAAUUCAAGGUUUUGGAAGUUUCAGCCAGCGGUCAACUCAUGCACAAGGCGUUCUGAGGGAAAAAUCAUUGCCAACCACAUUUGACAGAUGCAACUCUGACUUCAACAACAAUGAAAGUCAGGAAAACGAGUCCUUUUGUUCAAACCAUUAUUUGGGCACAGCAGCAGUUAAAUCUCCUAGUUCUAGCCAUCAGGGUGAAAUUUUCAAGUCACAAGAUGAUAUUGUAGAAACUGAGAGCAACAGGGAUGAUCAGGGAAACAAUCAAAUGCAUCAGAAAUCUGAAACAAGCUCUAAAGAAAAUAAGACACCUAGAAAGGAGGAAUUCCAUCUAUGGAACUUGAAAGGGGAAUCCAAUCCACUUUUGGAUGGUAGCCAAGAGGAUGAUUCUAAAAUUGGGAUAUUCGUAGCCGAAGAUGAUCACCCCUUUAACUCCACAGAAAUGCAUACCACUUUUUCCCUUCUUUCUUCCAGAUGAAGUUAAAGACUUAAAGGCAACAGAGUGUAUUGGACUUCUUGUGCAGAAAAUUAUUCCAAUCAAGGUUUUAUGCUAUAUGCAUUUAUGUAUACGGGUUACCUUUGUUUCCUCCUACAAUUUUCCUCCAGAGGACAAAUCUUUUGUAGUGGAAGUGUGGAACUAGAACCAAGUAUAUUGGAAUGCAUCCAUCUGUAUACUUAUAAAGCACAUAUAUUCUACCCCAUGCAACCGCUGUGUAGCUUAUUACAAAGCUUCUUUGCAUUUUGAUCCUGAUUAUGCGAAGUUAAGUCAGACGCCCUACAAAAGAUAUCCUAUCUUUUUAAGUUUGACUUUGCCUAGCUAACCUUGCUUAUUUUGCACAAUGACAGCUUAUUUGUUAUUAUGUGCCAAGGAUUUACAUAACUUGUAAGUGCACGAUUCCAAAAAACUUACUCAGAUUUCUAAUGU